UAGUGUUAUGUUGUUGUUAUGACAACACAUAGUUCAGGCAGUUUCGACAAAACGCUCGCAAAGACAUUAGUCGACUGCUCCUGGUGAGCAUAAGCCACAGUCGGUCAUGUGCCAUCGCUAAGUAAACGCCUCGAUGUUUUCAUUCAAUUUGUACAUGCAAUCAGAUGUUGGUUUUUAAUGGUUGUUAUAACACGAUUUUAUAAUGACUACUUUACGAACUACUACUACUACAGAAUAUCGAAAACGAGUAUAUUUCGAUGGGUCACCAACACAUGUUUUACAUGACAAAUGUUUAACGCCUUUGAUGAAAGCAUGCAUGUAUGGACGACCUGAACAAGUCAAACUAAUCCUAGAAGAAAAACCUUUGUCGGUGGUCGAACGAGAUGGCGUUUUUAAGACCGCAUUGCACUAUUGCGCGGAAAAUGACGAAGAUGAAGCUGAUUGCGCCAAACUACUUCUAGAAGCAGACCCAUCUAUUGUAGAUAUACCCGACGACGAUGGUCAUACUGCACUACAUUUGGCUGUGAUUGCUGGUAACUUGCCGUUGGUCCGAUUCUUAUUAAUAUCCGGCCAGGCAGAUCCAAAUAAACGUGAUGCCGAAGGACAUUCGACCGUACAUUGGGCAACAGUUUGCGCCGACGUCGACGCACUCGAGUUGGUCCUUAGCCACGGGGGUACGACCAAGUCGGCGGACGUGCACGGCGGAUACGCCGUCCAUUACGCGGCUCAGAUGUGCGGCACCGGUGUGUGUCGUUCGGGCGACGUGCGCAACGUCGGUGUCCGCGUGCUGCAGCUGCUGCUGUCGUACGGCGCGGAUGUUCACGUGACCGACAAACACGGACGUCAACCGAUUUUGUGGGCGGCCAGCGCGGGUAGCGCGGAUGCCAUUAUCACUCUUGUCAACGGCGGUGCAAACGUCGAAUCGCACGACAAAGAUGGACUAACAGCUUUACACUGUGCGGCCAGCCGGGGACAUGUUGAAUGCGUAGACGGACUAUUAACGAUGUGCGGAUCUGAAGUGGAUGCAGUAGACAGCAACAGUUGUUCUGCUUUAUUCUAUGCCGUGACACUGGGCCAUGCGGACGCAACCGAAAUAUUAUUAGAACAUGGAGCUAAUCCUGAUCGACAGGACGGAAAAGGAAGAACGCCGGCGCACUGUGGUGCAUUUAAAGGUCAAUUGGAAACAGUGAGAAUUUUAGCCGACCACGGUGCCAAUUUAUGGUUACGAAAUUCAAAAGGUGGUUAUCCGUUACACGACGCCAUGAGGUCAGGUCGCAAAGAGCUUGUUCUUUGGCUUAUAUCAAUGCGUCCCGAAUCGGUAGAUUAUUACGAUGACGAUGGUAAGCGGCCAUUGCAUAUUGCCGCGCUAAAUAACAAUCUGGAAAUGAGUAAGAUUGUACUGGAUCAUGGUGCGUCAAUCAAUCCGGUGAUGAAAAUCAAAGGAGAACGGAUGACACCUCUUGAUGUAGCUCUACGAAAAAAUAAUAAACAUUUAGCCAAAUUUUUAAAUUUAUUUGGUGGAAAACCAGCUAGUAAUUUAAAUAAAACGUUAUCUAAACAACAAUCAACUGUGCGUGUUAAAUCUAAAAGAUCUGAAACUCGAAGAAAUUCUUAUUCGUCCGAUUCGGUUAGUCGAAAAUAUCGUAAUGGUGGUAGGAAAAAGCAAGCUGUUCAACGCAAAGGUGAAAGCCCGAAAAUUAAUAAACCAACAAAGGGCCGUGUAGUACAAGUGCACAUCAGAGCGGACGUGUUGACGAAAACGGUCGGUAAAUCGUGGGAUGACAAGAAGUCGUGUGGUGGUGGCGGCACGUCUCAGAAAGCUCAGCGUAAAAAGGCGGCGACCGUCGGCGAGCCCAACGAAUGUUUCAGCGAAAACGAUCUGCGUUGCGGCGGUGACGGUUACGAUUACGAGUAUGAAGACGACGAAGAGAAGGUGGAUGAUGACGAUGACGACGACCAAGACGACGACGAAGACGAGUAUGAAGAUGACGUCUACGAUGACGACCAGGACAAUGAGGACGCGCGACGUGGCGGCCGCGCGAUUCGCGUCGAAAAACAGACCAACGGUUCGGCCGCAGCGGCCGCGGCCGACCACUAUGUCAACAGACGUCACAGGAGCCGGAGACGCGGCAACAGCAGAACGGGCGUAGCGCAGGGUGGUGGUGAACCAAAGACGAUGGGAGGGGAUCGUCAGAGGCGUGGCAGCCGCGAUAAGGAGAAUAUCGCUGCCGACCGGGUGACCGCGUCCGCUGUCCACGACGGGAUAGCAGUCGACCACGCUGGAACCGAAGCGAUGCAGACGUCCGACGUCUUUGGUGGUCACGGUAACGGACAUCCACCAGAUCCUCCUGACGAGGUCCUGGGCGACGGUCACGGCGAUAGCACCGCCGAAAAAAAGACGGAGGCCAUGGGAAACGCAUUAGUUGUCAGCAGUAGUGGUGGCGGUGGCGGCGUCGUGAAAUUCGAUCUGGACAGCAAGUACAAGACAGCGGAAAAAAUGGUUGAGGGCAAAAGUGAUACGUCGGUGGCCGAAAAACAAGUAUCGGAGGCCGGGCCUCAAGCUCCUGUGGUCAGAAAGCAAACGUCGAUGGCCAGGUCGCAAGCAACGAUACGCGACGAGGGCGACAUCGAUGUGGCGAACGUGGUCAAAGAGCAGGUCACUUCCGUCGUGGAUGGUGGUGGAGGUCAGACUGUAUCGGAACUGAUGACCAAAGGCGGGCAACCAUCAGUGGCUACGGUAAAAAGGGAUGUGACAACAACGACCAAAAGUGGAUCGUCACCGUCGGUAGCCACGGCAAAAGAAGACUUAAAAACUUCGACGAAAGAAGAUCGACCACCGGUUAGAGGAGGAUCGACCGACAAGGUUGUUGCCGAAUGGUCUACAAGCAAUGAAGGUGGUGGUAAGUCGUCCAUGGGCCUUUCUAAGGACGGCACCGGUAGGGCCAUUGUGGAAGUAUUGGACCGCGUAGAUACGCCACAAUUCGCCACCUCGGCCACGGUCGAUGGCGACGGCAGCGAUGGACAAAACGUCGCAGUCGUCGGUGGUCGGAACGUUGGAGGUGGAAGUCGAAACGCAGCCGUACACAACGUGAGUGAAGCGGUAGCGUUCAGUGUGCUGCCGGACGAAGAACGAAGUGACGGCAAACCGUGCGAGUGUCCGGACUGUCGGAAAAAACAGCUACGGUUGUCUUCGAAAAAAAAGAAAAGCCGUAUUCCACGAUUGAAUAAUUACUGUAGUUUAGCGCCUACUAAUGACCUAAACACAAUGUCUGUAACAAAAGCUGUUCAAUUGGCUAGUAGAAAGUACCAUUUGGAAAGGUUGAUAUUUUACCAACUGUCUGAAUUAAAACGAUUACAAAUCAGAGCGGGUAAGUCUGAUGAACGAGUAUUGGUUAAGAGGUUGGUGGAAGAAUAUGGCCGCACAGGACUGUUUACCGGAUUGAAAAGAUACGAUGGACCUUUUUCGUUUAAGCGUUUUGAAAAAUAUUUAUAUGAUCAGUUGCUGGUGCUGCAGAAACAAUCGUUGGCCGAGAACAAAACGGCGAUCCCCAGAGUGCAGUCCAUCGACGAGAUGGAAAAGUUAACGGGGGCACUACGUAGAAUGGACGCGGGCAAAACUGUGUUGGAGAAUCCGAACGACUGUCUGUCCUGUGUCCGGAUCACGAACAGGUGUUUACACGCCACCCACGCGUACACCGGAGUGCCGUGCGCCGCAUACAUACCGAAAUUUCGAUUGGACCACCAUCGAAUGCCCAAGCCUGUGGACGGCCACCGCCGUUUCCUGCCGGAUAUCCGACAGGACUUGCAGACGGGCGCCACGAAAUGCCUGAGGAGCGUGGACCCGUCCCGGCCGAUCACGCUGCAGCUGGGCAACGGGCCGUGCACGCAGGCGAUCGACUUGCCCACCGACAAGCUGGACAAGAACAAACGGUACUUUGUGACGUUCACGAUCAAAGGUGCGGCGGAUGGUUCGCAGAGCAAGCACGCACGGCCGCCGCCCCCGCCGUUACGGGACGGCCAACGCGGCCCGGACGACUGCCGUCCCCCUUUGGCUCACACUCAUGCUAAAAGCUUUUGAACGCUCUGACGUUCCAAUAUCGUUUGUUAGGUACACCGUUGAUGUGUACUGUACCGUAUCACAUUAUUACUGUGUCGUUAUGUUAUUACAAUAUUAUAUAUCGUUGUGCCCUACCGUAGUUCAUAGAUGGAUAUUAAAGUUACGAUAAACCGUUAAAAAUGUAACACGGGUACUUCUGUACUCGUGCCCAUAAUAUAAGCUAAUAAAAACAGUGUUGAAUGUU